AUGUCAUUCGUGCCAAAGGUUUUCAGCCGUGUCAUGGGAACGCCAAAGGAAGAGCCAAAGCUCUCUCCUGACCAAGAAGCCUUUUGGAAGGCCUAUACCUUCACCCUUCAAGAAGAGGUCAUGCCAGAGCCAAACCCGGAGCAGAUUUUCUUUCCUGCUCUCCAGAGCACCGUGGGAGUACUAGCCGGCGACAAUGUACCUCCAGAGGUUACAAACUACGGUAUAUACAAAUGGGGGGAUGGUGUCAUGUCCCCUAGCCAGCCGUUGUAUCUUGGCGGAGGGUCGGGAAGCUAUAUUCGCAAUCUGCAGCAAUAUGUGAGCUACGUAGACGUUGGCUCCGAUCCUUCCCCCGGCAAAUAUGAUGCAUAUAUUCAGGCCGUGAAGCAAGCUACACAAGCCAACGAAGAUUACCUGGCAGCACUCAAACAAGCUCUUGAACUAUAUAAGGAGAUGCCUGGUUCUUACACCACAAUUGACGAAUGGGCGGAGGCCAAUUACCCCUCCUUCAACGAGGCAAAGGCAGCCAUGCAGUCGGCUGUUGGCAACGAAGCAGACCUUCGUCUCCAAGUUUACGGCCCAGAGGCUGCACCCAAGAAUGAUGCCCUUGGAAACAUCGGCCUGGCUCUUGCAACUACCUCUGAACCUCAUUUUAAUAUGCCCACCACAGCCGACAAUGUCCAACUUGACAGAGAACAAUCCCUCGCAGCUGCUAGAGGUAAAAAAGUGGAUUUCCCGCCACAUGCCAAUAUUUUCUCUCCAUCCUAUUCGAUCGUAGGUAAUUACAAAGACCAGAUAGGAACCUGGGCCGCGGAGAUGUCGGCCAACAAACUCGAGCCAAAGACUAUUGAGCUCGAAGUUGAGAAGUUUAUUAAGGCAGACUGGGAAGAAAAGGGAUUCAAUAACGUAUCCGGUGAUGGCCUUGUCGGGUUUUUCAUCGGGGCUUGGGGGAACUACAAUCGCAAAGAUGAAUUUGACAAAACAUUCAACUCCAUGACUGCCAAUGACUAUCAAGCCACCCUAGAAAUCUACGGGCAGGAAAUAUUCCCACUACAACCAGGACAGUGGGACAUACCCGACGUUGUGCAUGUUUUCCCCAAACUCGAAGAGGGUGCCCCGAAGGAUAUGAUGGAUUUUAUCCAACCUAAGUCUGUAGUUGUCGCCUAUACUAUCGGCAUGAAGGUCCAAUUCAAAGACCAAUUUGCAACGGAUUUCAAUUCCCACUUUAAGUCUAUUACAAAACAAGAGGGCGGAUUUGUUAUCUUUGGAAUUGAUAUUGCUCUGGGUGGCGAAAGUACUAAGGAGACCGAGAAGACCACGCAUAAGGCGACUUAUGAUGAAUCAAGCGGAGUACUUAAUGUCCUUCCUAAUAACGACGGGCGUGCCAUUCUCUUAGGUAUGGUUGGGCAGAGAUCGGGUGGGCAGGGAUCGGGUAGCUCUAAGCCCCCACCUCGUAGAUUCAAUCAAUUUUAA